AUGGCCAGUGAUUCCAAAAGAGGCGCAAGCGUUGUUAACGUGAAAAUGCAGGGCAUGCGUGGCUGUGAGCUGGACUUUGAAUCGAUGAAUGUCCAUGCAGCAGACUCGCCGUGCACAGAUGGUGGCACACCUCUGCUGCGUCUGCCGUCAGACAUGUGGAUGCUGCGACACAGAGGUAUGGGCUCUCAUGCGCAUGCAUUCGCUAGAGACGACAGUUUGUUCGCGAAAGAGUUUGGGAAUGCCUAUCAGCGCAUGCUCCAUUUGAGCUACGAGAGAUGCGGGGCAAGCGGCAAGGGUUGUCAUGACAACGAAGUAUGUGUACCGGAAAUCAGCAAUGGUAUACUGGUGUCUGCGGAGUGCGAGAAGAUCACAGCACCCGUCGACAGAUGCGACCGAAUGUGUGCCACCGCAUGGCUGGGCGACUCGGAAUGUGACCAGGAAUGCAACAACCAGAGCUGUAAUUGGGACAACGGAGACUGUCAGACUGAGCUUGGAGUGGGUUCUCGUGCCGUGUGUGGUCGGCGAUGUGCACGUGAGUGGCUGUCGGACGGAGAGUGUGAUGUGGAGUGCAACAGUGUUCAGUGUGGGUUUGAUGGUGGUGAUCGUCGACAGGACAGCCCCAGGCCGAAACAAAACCGACAGCACAGACCAACGAGCGGCCCUAAUUAUUAA